UAGUGUGAAUCGCCAUGUUGAAAGAAUUUACAUACACAAUUAGAGAAGAUAAAAACAUAGAAAACAGCGUUAUUUUGAAUUGAAUUGAUAAAAGGAAUGAUAACAAAUGAUUCCUUAUGAACUUCUGAAAUCACUUACCCCUGAAAGCAUUAGUUCUUUAUUCAAUUUAUAUGUGCAAUCAAAGGUAAACCGCUGAAGGGUUUUGGUGGUAAAAAUCAGCUGAUCUGAUAAAAAAAACAAUAACAAUUUUAUAUAGAACUGAUGCAGUUUAUUAGAACAGUUAUGUAGUCAGUAUGGAUCAGCCUUCAUACAGCGCUGCUAAUGUAGCAAGCAGUAGUGAAUGCACAAGAGACCAAUUGCCAUCUAUGUUCCUUCAUCGCCAGCAAAGUCUUGAGAAUCGGAAUUUGUUGUUCAACCAAUCUUUCCAUCAGCUACAACAGCAUGACAACCAACUUUCACAAAGCACUGAGGCAUUACAUGUAGGAUAUGAAGAUAUUGAUCAAAAGCCAGAUCUUGCCAAAAUAUCUAAAGAAAGUGUUAUACAGCCAGCAGACUCCAACACUCCUAAACAACAGUUUGUACCAUGUAAAGUAUGUGGAGAUCGAGCCUCAGGAUUUCACUAUGGUGUAACUUCAUGUGAAGGUUGUAAGGGAUUCUUCAGAAGAAGCAUUCAGAAACAGAUAGAGUACCGAUGUUUACGGGAUGGAAAGUGUAUGGUUAUACGCCUCAAUAGAAACAGAUGUCAGUACUGUCGCUUUAAAAAAUGUUUGGCUGUUGGAAUGUCUAGAGAUUCUGUGAGAUAUGGAAGAGUACCAAAAAGAUCUAAGAGUGUGGAUGAUCCAUUUGGAGGAUCCAGUGACAUGUAUCCUGAUGAUUCUGCAGCAGAAAGUCGCCAUCUAGCAUUAUAUGACAUCAUCCUCAAUAUCUCUCAGGCACAUCAUGCACAUUGUGCUGUGACAGAGGACAAAAUAAAAUUACUGCAGCGAAAGCAUUCUACAUUGAUGCAGAGAAUAUCAAUACCGUCCUCUCAGGUAAACUUUACAGAUGAGCAGUUGGAGACACAGAAACUGUCCAUGUGGUCCUGUCUCGCUCAUUCUAUUACACCGGCUGUAAACAGAGUUGUAGAAUUUGCUAAAAGAGUUCCAAGUUUUACAGAACUAACACAAGAUGAUCAGCUAUUGUUAAUAAAAGGAGGAUUCUUUGAGAUCUGGUUAACACGUAUGGCGGGAAUGUUUAGUAAAUUUGACGGAAUGCUGACAUUUGAAGAUGGAAGUAUGAUACAGCGAGAUGAACUGUCUGUAGUAUUCACACCUGAGUUUGUAAACAGCAUGUUUGAACUGGCAGCCAGUAUACACCAGUUAAAAUUAAAUGACACAGAGAUUGGUAUCUUUACUGCCAUUGUUCUAACUACUCAUGAUCGUAGAGGACUACAAGGACCAAAAUAUGUGGAAAGUAUACAAGACAAAUUAUUAGAAGCUUUAAAACUACAAAUUAGUCGCAAUCAUUCAACGGAGGAAAAUCUUUUUGGAAAUACAAUAGUUAAAUUGCCACAUCUACGAACUGUUGGUAUACAACACAAUGAAAUAUUAGAAUGGUAUCGAUCACAUUGGGAGAAAGUCAAGUUACCUCUCCUGUUUGCCGAGAUUUAUGAUAUACAGAAGCAUGAGGAUGAAUGAAAUAAUAGUAGCUAUAUUGUUUUAUGUGUAAUAUUGUCUUAAUCUAAGCUGAUACAAAAUCCAGUGCAAUUUCCGGUGACUUUUUACAAAUAUAUUCCAAAUUACAUCAAACCUGGUGGGUUAUUGAUAAACUUUUUCUCACAUACCGGUAAUUAAUGCUGAAAGUUCACAUACAGGUAAUUAAUGCUGAAAAUAUAUAUAAUUAUAUCUUUAUGAGAAAAUUACUUGAUUUUGUGUUGUUUAAAACUCUUUAUAAGAAUUACCAGAAACUCCCUUUAUGAUAACUAUUUGUUACAUAAAAAAACAUUGAUUUGUUAACCUCUUUAUCAAAAUAUUAGUACAAUAUAGUAAGACCAGACUAAAACUGCAUUGAGACACUUGUGGAAACCUAGAGAACUAUAUCUUUCAAACUUUUAUUCAAUUCCAUGCACCCAAAGCAUAAAUAAUAAAUAUGGAAAUGCUAUCCAAAAAGUAAAGAGAUAUUUUAAUGUCUAAACAAAUCUUGUUAAGUAUUUGUAAUGAAAUUAAUGAUUGUUAACCCCAAAUAAAGAACAAAAUAUAUUUUAUCAUAUUUUAAAUUUCCAUUCCUUAUUUCACACUAACUUCAAUGUUACCAAUGAUAUUUGCCAUACAGAACACAUUGUAUUCUAUGUUACUAAAUGUGAAAUUAACACUUGAAAGCAAUAGAUUUCCUGUAUACAUUAACCUCAUUUUGUCUUUUCAUUGUAAAGUAUCAUCAUGUUUUAUAUAUAUAUUGUUACUGGUUGGUUUUUGUUUCCUUAUAGCAUGUUUUUCUGAAAGGAACUGAAACUUAACAUUGAAAACUGACUGAAAUCUGAGCCUUGAUUGAUGGAAAUUUGAACCUUGAUUGACUGAAAUUUGAGUCAUGGUGGGCUGAAAUAUGAUACUUGAUGGAAUGACGUAUAACAAGCUUGUGUUUAUAUCUUCAUUUAUUUAAAGUGUUACUAAGUACAAAAGGAAACUACUUAUUCGAGCAAACUAAAUUUAUAAGAAAAAUUCUAAAGCAUUUAUUUAAAUAUUCACUUCCAGGUUCAAAUUUCAGUCAACGAAUCUGUUUACGAUUUAACUAAUAUGA